AUGGACGUCCGUACCCUGGACGUUCCUCACCCGACGAGGAAGAGCCACCGUCAGCAGAGUGGAAACUCCAUCCCGGGAGUGACGACUCUCGAUGCACCAAUCGGACAGAGGUUUCCCGCUCGUAACGCAAUCCUCUCCCCCCCUCCCUUCUGUCUGGGUGUCUGGGUGGUGCUAUAUCCCGGGUGCUUUGUGACCUUAAGCAAGGAAGAAUUGGAACCGACCGUCGUCAAGUUUCAGCCGGACAUCCUUUGCUGCGCAUCAAUGUGGACGGUCGAGGAGAGCACCCAGAUGAGGGAGAAGGCCAAGUCCCUGGUCCCGGGCAUCAAGACUCACGCUAUCCCGCACGGCCUCCAAGUCAAGGAUGGUCCCGACGCUAUCGUCGAGCACCUCAAAGUGCAGCUCCCCGCACUCCUAGAGUAG